AUGUUUCUGUACGAUUACGCAAAGAACGACACCUUCCUUACGACACGUGGCGGGCACAAGCAGCAUGCAAAGCACUUGUUGUAUAAUGACAAUACGACGGCAAUGAUGAAAACUGAAAGUAGCAGCAACACACCAUCCAUCACUGCUAUCCUACUAUUGCACAUGGAAGUAAGCCUUAUCCAAUUAAUCAGCUCAUUACCCACCAAACGCCAUCAUGGAAUGAUUUUUGCGCGUUUUAUCACCCACGCGCAACAAGCUGUGCGAUGGAUGCUGCUAGUUGGGCUGCUUAUUCUUGAUAAUGUCAGCAACAUGCUUGGCAUUGAUAAAGAAAUGGAUCGUUUAGCGUCCCAACAACAACAACGAGGCGGCAUAAAAAAAGAAAGGAUGCCACCUGUGGAAUUUGAAAUUGUGCACUUGGAACCCGAUUUCAUUGAAGAGCAAGCGUUGAGCACCACUGAACAUGGUCCAUACGAUGAAGAAGAGGAUCAAAGUACAUCCACUGCUGUUGCUGCUCCUGUUGCUGCUGCUGCUGCUACUACCACCAAUAAUCAUCAUCAUCACAAUCCCCGCCGCUCACCCACAGCAAUGUCAGCUCAUGGCAUGCCCUCAGUACGAUCCCGAAAGACAUCCUUGCCAACAUCCCGAACGGCUCCACGAGGUGGUCAUGUUCGUUCACUUUCCAACAAUAUGACAUUGCCAGCAAAACACGCCACUCACCGUCAUACGUUACGUCGUAUUGAUGGCCAACGCAACCUUAUUAGUGUAACAUCAACCGCAUCAUCAUCAUCGUCUUCUUAUCAUGAGCCACCCGCUCGCAGACCCAACAGCUCGCUUCAUUAG